AUGGACAGCGUGUCAAACCUUAAGAGCACAAAUUUUCAGAACAAUAAUGACCCAAAAGAAUCUGUAGAAGAAGCAGUGCUAAGGUAUGUGGGAGUCGACUUGAAGAAUCAUAUUAAAAAGACAAAGAAGAAAUUGAAGAAACAGAAGAAGAGAAAGCAUGGUUCAAAAAUGUCUCAUGAAGAUGAAGACACUGAUAUGGAUUGGUAUUUGAAAACAUCGGGUUCAAAAGAUUUACGUAAAGUGGAUGAUAUCGAACCAAAUUCUGUUGCUGUAGCAGCUGUUGCUGCCGCAUACAACAGCUCAAUGAGAGAAAAAGAUAAGAGGAGCUGUCAUAAAAAAUCUUCUAAUAGUAGAUCAGAGAGGAAGAAGCACCGUAAAAGAAAAAGCUCUAAAGAAAGAAAAGCCAAAAUAAAAAUGGUCCUAGAUCCGCAGCUGACUACACUGGACGAUGGCAUAACGACAACAGCAUUUUUACCUGAUGAUCUCAUUGCUGAAACAGCUUUUGAUAAGUAUGUUGAUACUGAAAAGGCAUACCUAGCUAAACAUCCAAGUAAAUCGUUAGAAGUUAAUGAGGAUGAUAAAGAAAACAACUUUAAUAACAAUAGCAGCACGCUGGUUAGAAUUUAUACCGAUUUAGAGGGGAUACCAAAUGACGGCAGCUACAUAAAGCGCACUCCAAAGAUACCAGAAAAGGAUGUGAAAUCAGACGACUUGAUAUUGGCACCAGAAGAAAACAAUGGAGAUACCGCAUUACUGCGAUCCGAUAUUGUGAAAGCGUCAGUAAUUGACGGUGCUAUCACAAAAUCCAUCGGUAAGAAGUUCACUCCCAGCGAGGAAAAUGCUUUGGACCAAUUCAUCGAAGAAUACAUGAAAAUAAGAGGCUUGGAUAGACGCCAAAUGUGCGAGAGAAUUUGGUCUACAGACGGAGUCAUUAGAGAUGGGUUUUGGGCAAAUAUCAGCAAAGUUUUACCUUAUAGAACAAGGUCCUCAAUAUAUAAACAUAUAAGAAGAAAAUAUCAUAUUUUCGAACAGCGUGGGAAGUGGACGCCAGAGGAAGAUCAAGAAUUGGCAAGAUUAUGUUUAGAAAAAGAGGGUCAUUGGACCGAAGUAGGCAAAUUGUUAGGCAGAAUGCCUGAAGAUUGUAGGGACCGUUGGAGAAACUAUAUGAAGUGUGGUUCAAAGCGAGGUUCUAAAAGAUGGUCGAAAGAAGAAGAAGAAUUGUUGACUACUGUAGUAAAUGAAAUGAUUGAAGAGGCACACCAAUAUCAAAGGAUGAAGGCAUUGGAGGCUGCCAACAAAAAUGAUAGAUACAAUCAAAUGUAUUCUAGGGGUCCAAAGGGAAAGAGAAUUAGCGAUAAUCCUACCUUCAAAGAUAUGAUCAAUUGGACUGUCGUCAGUGAACGCAUGAGCGGAACUAGAUCCCGUAUACAGUGCCGCUAUAAGUGGAAUAAAUUAGUAACAGAUGAAGCAGCCAGAAGUAUGUUGAGCAUUCCUGUUUCUGAAAGGAAGUGGCUGCUAGAACGAUUGAAACAGCUACCUAAAACGUCCUAUUCAAAUAUCGACUGGAACAGUAUAGCUACCUACAAGCCCGGAUAUCCUCGAACUGGUCUUGAACUGAGAUUAUGUUACGAGCAGAUGAGAGAAAAGAUUCAUGACUUUAAAGGAAGGUCAACAGCUGAAAUAAUUGAUUCAUUGUUGGAACAAAUCAAUUAA